AGGAAAGGUGUACAGGUUGUGAGUCCCUUUCUAACCUGACUGCCUGAGGAACAACACACACCUUCCUUCAGUGCAUUGGAGCAAGGCAAUAGCCCUACAAGGCCCUAAAGAUGACCAGGAUUUUGUCUGUUUUUAAGGCUGUCAGAUCCUUGAAACAAGGGACUGGGGUUGCCAGUGCAGCAGCUCAUUCACAAUGGGGUUUUUCCAAAGCUGGACUUCGGUUCAUGAGUGUAAAGGCACACACUGCAAAUUUAGUGCUUGAGGAUGGAACAAAAAUCAAAGGAUAUUCUUUUGGACACCCAUCUUCUGCAGCCGGAGAAGUCAUUUUUAAUACUGGCUUGUCAGGGUAUGUGGAAGCAAUUACAGACCCAAGCUACCAUGGCCAAAUUCUCACCCUCACCAACCCGAUCAUCGGCAAUGGAGGUGCACCGGACACCAAGGCAGUGGACUCCUAUGGCCUCAUGAAAUUCAUUGAGUCGGAGAGAAUUCAGACUUCUGGCUUGUUGGUUCUUGAUUACAGCAAUGAGUAUAGUCACUGGAGAGCUGUCAAAUCUCUAUCACAGUGGUUACAGGAGGAAAAGGUUCCUGCAUUAUAUGGAAUUGACACCAGAAUGCUCGCCAAAAAGAUUCGGGACAAGGGGACCGUGCUGGGCAAAAUUGAAUUUGAAGGGCAGCCCGUGGAGUUUGUAGAUCCCAACAAGAGGAAUUUGAUUGCUGAAGUAUCAACACAGGAGAUCAAAGUGUAUGGCAAAGGCAAUCCUGUGAAAAUUGUAGCUGUGGAUUGCGGUGUGAAACAUAACAUAAUUCGCCAGCUGGUAAAGCGAGGGGCCGAGGUAAAUCUUGUUCCCUGGAAUCAUGACUUUUCAAAAAUGGAGUAUGAUGGACUUUUUAUCACGAGUGGACCUGGAAACCCAGAACUGGCACAGCCACUUAUACAAAACCUCAGGAAGGUCUUCAAGAGUGAUCGCCCUGAGCCAGUAUUUGGCGUUUGCAUGGGGAAUGAAAUUGCCGCUCUUGCAGCUGGUGCCAAAACUUACAGGCUUCCCAUGGCUAACAGAGGACAGAAUCAGCCUGUUAUGAACACAAUGAACGGGCAGGCCUUCAUCACUGCACAGAACCAUGCCUAUGGUGUAGACAGCAACUCUCUGCCUGCAGGUUGGAAACCACUGUUUGUGAACAUCAAUGAUCAGAGCAAUGAGGGAAUAAUGCAUGAGACCAAACCCAUCUUUACAGCACAAUUUCACCCAGAAGCCAGCCCUGGACCUACUGACACAGAGUUCCUUUUUGAUGUUUUCAUUUCAAUGAUAAAGAAGGGCAAAGGCACCUCCCUUGCUUCAGUAAUGCCAAAACCAGCCCUAGAGUCCAAAAGGAUUGAAGUAUCCAAGGUUCUCAUUUUGGGCUCUGGAGGUCUUUCCAUUGGACAGGCAGGAGAAUUUGACUAUUCUGGAUCCCAAGCUGUGAAGGCUAUGAAGGAAGAAAAUGUAAAGACAGUUCUCAUGAACCCAAACAUUGCUUCAGUCCAGACUAACGAGGUUGGCAUUAAGCAGGCAGAUACAGUGUACUUUCUGCCCAUCACACCGCAGUUUGUCACUGAGGUCAUCAAGACAGAACGACCAGAUGGAAUCAUCCUGGGUAUGGGCGGUCAGACUGCCCUGAACUGCGGUGUGGAGCUGUUCAAACGGGGGGUGCUGAAAGAAUAUGGAGUGCGAGUUCUUGGGACCUCUGUUGAAUCCAUCAUGUUCACUGAAGACCGGCAGCUUUUCUCUGACAAACUAAUGGAGAUUAAUGAACCUAUCGCUCCUAGCUUUGCCGUGGAAACGGUAAAAGAUGCUUUGGAGUCGGCUGAUAAAAUUGGCUACCCUGUCAUGAUUCGAUCUGCCUAUGCCCUGGGUGGCUUGGGGUCAGGGCUGUGUCCAGAUAAGGAGACUCUCACUGAUUUGGCAACAAAGGCUCUAGCAAUGACCAACCAGAUUCUGGUGGAACGUUCAGUUGUGGGUUGGAAGGAGAUUGAGUAUGAAGUAGUAAGAGACGCAGCUGAUAACUGUGUCACUGUCUGCAACAUGGAGAAUGUGGACGCCAUGGGUGUACACACAGGGGACUCUAUUGUGGUGGCUCCCUGUCAGACACUGUCCAACGAGGAAGCUCAGAUGUUGAGGGCCUGUUCCAUCAAGGUUGUUAGACACUUGGGAAUUGUUGGAGAAUGCAAUAUACAGUUUGCCCUGCAUCCGACAUCGCUGGAGUAUGUCAUCAUUGAAGUUAAUGCCAGACUCUCUCGCAGCUCUGCUUUGGCCUCCAAGGCCACUGGGUAUCCACUGGCUUUCAUUGCUGCCAAAAUUGCACUGGGUAUCCCACUGCCUGAAAUUAAGAAUGUUGUAUCGGGGAAGACCACGGCCUGUUUUGAGCCUAGUUUGGAUUACAUGGUGACCAAGAUACCUCGAUGGGAUCUUGACCGUUUCCAUGGAGCCUCGGGAUUGAUUGGCAGCUCUAUGAAGAGUGUUGGAGAGGUUAUGGCCAUUGGUCGUACAUUCGAGGAGAGUUUCCAGAAAGCUUUAAGGAUGUGUCACCCCUCCGUGGAUGGCUUCACCUCAAACCUUCCAAUGAACAAGGCAUGGGCAGCUGAUGUGAACCUAAGGAAAGAAAUGGCGGAGCCCACUAGCACCCGAGUCUACAGCAUGGCCAAGGGCCUUGAGACUGGAAUCCCUAUUGAUGAGAUCUACAACCUCACAGCCAUUGAUAAGUGGUUUCUGUACAAGAUGCAAGGAAUUCUGAACAUGGAGCAGACCCUCAGAUCGAGCAAGAGCGAAUCUGUUCCAGAAGAGACGUUGAGGAGGGCCAAACAAAUUGGUUUCUCUGACCGCUACAUUGGCAAGUGCCUUGGGCUGAAUGAAACUCAAACCAGAGAGCUGAGACUCAACAAGAAUGUCAAACCUUGGGUGAAACAGAUUGAUACAUUGGCUGCUGAGUACCCAGCGAUAACAAACUAUCUCUACCUCACCUACAAUGGACAGGAACAUGAUAUAACAUUUGAUGACCAUGGGAUGAUGGUUUUGGGCUGCGGGCCUUAUCAUAUAGGCAGCAGCGUGGAAUUUGAUUGGUGCGCAGUCUCCAGCAUUCGUACAUUGCGCCAACUUGGCAAAAAGACUGUGGUGGUGAACUGUAACCCAGAGACUGUCAGCACAGAUUUCGAUGAGUGCGACAAACUUUAUUUUGAGGAGUUGUCCCAAGAAAGAAUCCUAGAUGUCUUCCAACUAGAGCAAUGUGAUGGCUGCAUCAUCUCUGUGGGAGGACAAAUCCCCAAUAACAUGGCUGUGCCGCUUCACAAGAAUGGUGUAAAGAUCAUGGGAACCAGCCCAUUGCAGAUCGAUAGGGCUGAGGACCGUUCUAUAUUCUCUGCUGUUCUGGACGAGCUUAAGAUUCCCCAAGCACCAUGGAAAGCUGUUAAUUCCCUGGAUGAUGCUUUGCAGUUUACAAAGACUGUGGGCUACCCAUGUUUGCUUCGUCCUUCCUACGUACUUAGUGGCUCUGCAAUGAAUGUGGUGUAUGGAGAAGAAGAGCUGAAGACCUUCCUUGCUGAAGCCACCCGUGUCUCACAGGAACACCCAGUUGUCAUCACCAAGUUCAUAGAAGGAGCUCGGGAGGUCGAGAUGGAUGCUGUCGCAAAGCAAGGAAGAGUGAUCUCUCAUGCUAUUUCGGAACAUGUGGAAGAUGCAGGAGUUCACUCUGGUGAUGCCACCCUCAUGAUCCCCACACAGACUAUUAGCCAAGGGGCACUGGAAAAGGUGAAAAUUGCUACCAAGAAAAUUGCAAAUGCUUUUGCCAUCUCUGGACCCUUCAAUGUACAGUUCCUUGUCAGAGGAAAUGAUGUUCUGGUGAUCGAAUGCAAUCUGAGAGCUUCCCGAUCUUUCCCCUUCGUGUCCAAGACCUUGGGAGUUGACUUCAUUGAUGUGGCCACAAAGGUCAUGAUUGGAGAAGAACUGGACGAAUCCUCUCUUCCGACCUUAGAGAGUCCCAUCAUCCCAGCAGAUUACGUUGGAAUCAAGGCACCCAUGUUCUCCUGGCCCCGCCUCCGAGGAGCAGAUCCAGUCCUCCGAUGUGAGAUGGCAUCUACAGGCGAGGUGGCCUGUUUUGGAGAAAACAUCUACUCUGCAUUCCUGAAGGCCAUGAUCUCUACUGGCUUCAAAUUACCCCAAAAGGGAAUUCUCAUUGGAAUCCAGCAUUCAUUCCGCCCCCAUUUCCUUGGCACAGCUCAGCAACUCAAAGAAGAAGGAUUCAAGCUAUAUGCUACAGAGGCCACGGCAACUUGGCUCAAUGCAAAUGAUGUUCCUGCCACACCUGUCGCAUGGCCAUCUCAGGAAAAUCAGAGCAACAGUGGUCCCUCAAUUUACAAGUUAAUUAAGGAAGGUAACAUUGACAUGGUUAUUAACCUUCCUAAUAACAACACCAAAUACAUUCGUGAUAACUUUUUGAUCAGGAGAACUGCAGUGGAUUGUGGUAUCGCUUUGCUCACCAACUUCCAGGUGGUCAAAUUAUUUGCUGAAGCAAUAAAAUACUCUGGAGAUCUGGACGUCAAGAGCCUUUUCCAUUACAGACAGUUUGGUGCUGCCAAAUCUAAGUAGACAGCCUCAGCUAUCAAAGAGCAGCUUUCCUUUAGGAUGAGAAAAAGUGACAAUACCAGCCACAAGCUCAUCUUCUGUUUACUUUCAUUUACAUUUCUUAUGAGAAUUCAUUUGUUUUGUUUGACAAUUUCGGUGCAGUUAUAAACUAUAAAGUCAAUCUACUCUAUUUCUUACUAGGAGAUAUGAUAAAGUAAAUACACAGGGACGACUGCACAUCAUUGAACACACUUUUAAAGUAAUAUAAACUUUCUUUGUUUUAAAAAAAAUUGUGAAAAUCCCUCAGGAAGAAAAAUUAGAAUAAACUAAUUAGGAAAAUAGGCAUUUAGCUUUGUAUAAGCCAAGUAAAGAACAAACUUAUAUCAUCGUAGAGCAUUCACAUUUCAAACGAAAAAAAAAAUCCAUUUAUUUUUUAUUGCGGACUUAUCCUUGUACUUUGACAAAUGUAUUGAUACUAUUGGCAAAAGGAAACAUUUCGAGUAAAUUGCACUGGAACAAAGGAUGUUUUAGUCAAACAACCAUGAAAACCCCAGAAGCUACACUGUUUCAACGUCAAAGGGCAGAAAGUUCUAAACACAAGAGAAACAAAAUGGCCGUCAAGAAUAGUGAGCAAUUCAUAAUGCAUGUGAAUGCAUAAAACGUAUACCUUGUAACCAUUAAUAAGGUGAACAUGCCAUAAGAGGCGAUUCAAAAGUAUGAGCCACAGAGGAAACAUUUUGUUUAUAUAGAAAUUCAUGUAUAUACACAACAGGAUUAUUAAGCAACAAACCAUGUUUUAGCUUUAUGACACAUAAAGGAUAAUUUGCCAAAGUGUAAAUUGUUUUGAAUUUAAUGUGUAUUUGAAAUUUUAUGCCAAAUUACCAAAAUGAAGACGUAGCUGAGUUGGAAUUUGUACAAUUUGGCUAUUUUGGCAUAAAUGUUGAAAGUUAUUUAACUUUGAAUUGUCACAAAUUAACACUUUAGUUAAUAAUCCUAUCAGGCUUGUAUUACACCCCUUGUUUAAUCAUUGUUUUCUGUUCUUUGCCAUAAAUAAAUUGAAACAUUACUCCA